AUGGAUUUUACUCCUCCACCCGAUGUCGAUCUGUCGGAGAACCGCCAGGCGAAUCUCUAUGGCGCAUAUUCGUCCACGUUUGGCCUCGCCGUCGUCGCCGUGGUGCUGCGGGUGCUGUGUCGCACUCGAGUAUCCCGAGUCGGGCUGUGGUGGGAUGACCAUUUAAUCAUUGUCGCUCUGGCUAUGGCAACAGGCACCUAUAUCGACAUGAUGCUCUGGGUCUGGCGAGGCGUAGGGACACACAUCUUUCCCCUCGGGAUGACUGGGUUCUCGCGAUUCUUCGUCAAUCUCUUCGUCUGCGAGAUCCUCUACACCCUGUCGAUCUGCUUCACCAAAUACUCCAUCCUCAUGUUCUACUGGCGCAUCUUCAAGACCACCAACAUCCGCAUCCCGAUCUAUAUCAUCGCUGUGCUGGUCACGGGCUGGGGCCUGGGGGUCAUCCUGACUACCGUCUUCCAAUGCAUCCCCAUCCGCGCGUUCUGGGAUAUCGAGUUGCAGGCCACCGCCAAAUGCGGUGUCGUCGUGAACAAUUUCUUCAUCGGCAACGCCGUCCCCAAUAUCAUCACCGACUGGGCGCUGUUGAUCCUGCCCAUGCCGUAUAUCUGGAAGCUGCACCGCAACACAACGCAGAAGAUCGCCAUAUGCAGCGUGUUUAUCCUCGGAGGAUUUAUCUGCAUCAUCUCUAUCGUGCGUCUCGUCGUCAUGUUGAACGCCUACAAAGCCCCGUCGAUUGAUGUGACAUGGGUGUUUAUCGGUCCCUCCGCGUGGACGGCCGUUGAGACAAACAUUGGCAUUGUUUCUGCGUGUCUCCCCUCGUUACGACCCCUACUACUCAUCUUCAAGCGAGAGACCAGCACAAGAGAAUACGAGUACAACAAGACGUCUCGCCAAGGUCCGCGCUCGUACGGACCCUUGGUGUCUAAUGGCAGGCGAACGAAGCGCGGCGCGCUGGAAACUGAAUCCGAAGUGCACCUGUCGAGGAUUGGGGUGACGACGACGGUGGAUGUCGAGGAAUCGUAUCGUUACUAA